CUUUAAGAAGCAGCCCAGGCAGGGCUUCUUCUUGCCUGUCAUCCGUGCGCCUUCUGCUCCUGCUCCAUCACCGGAUGAGGCGUUCAGGUAACUUCGAACAGCGCUGAACAAGGACCAGCAGCAAAGAUGGCAACCUCUGAGCAGAAAAGGUCAUCAUCAUAGAUAAGCUAAUGGAUCCAGUGUGAUAGCUUCAAACGUCAACCCACCCUCUGCAAGCCUGUCCAACCCUCACAGCUAUGGCAACUUGUCCGAGAGGCUGUGCGCCAGCCGUGCGCCUUUGCCAGAGGCUCAACCGGCUCAAGACGCUGGACGGCGACAUGAUGGCGACGUCUCUGAAACGCUGCCUCUCCACCCUGGACCUGACUCUGUUGGGUGUUGGUGGCAUGGUGGGCUCGGGGCUCUAUGUCCUGACGGGAACCGUGGCCAAAGACACGGCAGGACCCGCGGUCAUCGUGUCGUUCAUCUUUGCGGGUAUCGCUUCGUUGCUGGCUGCCUUUUGUUAUGCAGAGUUUGGUGCGCGCAUACCCAAAACAGGCUCUGCCUACAUGUUUACCUACGUCUCCGUGGGAGAACUCUGGGCCUUUCUCAUCGGGUGGAAUGUGAUUCUGGAGAACAUGAUUGGCGGUGCUGCUGUAGCACGGGCCUGGAGUGGCUAUCUAGACUCCAUUUUUAACCAUGCUAUCCAAAAUUUCACUGAAACACACAUCAUGCAGUGGAAUGUGCCCUUUCUUGCCCAUUACCCUGACCUACUAGCAGCAGGAAUCCUCAUAGUUGCCUCAGUUUUUAUUUCCUUUGGCGUCCAAGUGUCCUCCUAUCUAAACCAUAUCUUCUCCACUGUCAGUAUGGGCGUCAUUGCUUUUAUCUUGGUCUUUGGGUUCAUGCUGGCUGACCCAACCAACUGGAGUCAGGAACAAGGAGGCUUUGCUCCUUACGGGCUGUCUGGCAUCCUGGCAGGCUCAGCCACUUGCUUCUACGCCUUUGUGGGUUUUGAUGUCAUCGCUUCCUCAAGCGAGGAGGCCAAGAAUCCGCAGAAGGCUAUUCCUGUCGCCACUGCUAUCUCCCUUGGACUUGCAGCAACAGCCUACGUCCUGGUCUCUACUGUGCUCACCUUAAUGGUACCCUGGCGUACCCUGGACCCCAACUCGGCUCUGGCGGAUGCCUUUUUCCGUCGAGGUUACAGUUGGGCUGGAAUUGUUGUGGCUGUAGGUUCCAUCUGUGCCAUGAACACCGUCCUUCUCUGUAAUCUUUUCUCCCUUCCUCGAAUUGUGUAUGCCAUGGCAGAGGAUGGAUUGUUCUUUUCCAUUUUUGCGAAGGUCAAUCCCCUCACCAAAGUUCCUGUCAAUGCCAUUCUAGUGUUUGGAGUCCUCAUGUCCACCAUGGCUUUGAUCUUUGACCUGGAGGCCUUGGUUCAGUUCUUAUCUAUCGGCACUCUGCUGGCGUACACCUUUGUGGCAGCAAGUGUGAUUGUGCUGCGGUUCCAGCCUGAGAAGACCAACUCCAAGAGCACGGCUUCCUCAUCCCCCAACCCCAAUGCUGAGCUUUCCCCUCCCCCCUUAGAGUCUCAGGCCAUAGCUGAGGACAGCGAGGAGCCCAAGCAAUACGAGUCCUUCUCCGACAAACUCCAGCUGGUGGAGAGGCAGAAGUCUGGAGAGGCACGUGGUGUGGGGCAGCUGAAGGCCUGCUGGGAACCCUACCUAGACAGACUGCUUGGAGACUGUGAGCCAGGUGAAGUGGUGGCCUUCAGUGUGAUGAUGCUGAUAGUGAGCUCAGUGUCCCUCUGUGCCGUGCUGGAGUUUGGAAACAAGCAGCUUCAGCUCCCUGUCUGGAGUUUCACGAUGCUCCUGGUGAUCUUUAGCUCUGCUUUCAUUUUCAGCCUGGCACUUAUAUGGAUUCACGAGCCACAAAGAAAUACCAAGACAUUCCAGGUACCUUUUGUUCCACUGACUCCAGGUGCCAGCAUCCUCAUCAACGUCUUUCUCAUGAUGAAGCUCAGCUUCCUAACCUGGAUUCGAUUCACAGUUUGGAUUGCCAUAGGCCUUCUUGUAUAUUUUGGCUACGGGAUCUGGCACAGCAAGGAAGGACUCCGGGAGCUGCAGCCCAAAGACAUGGCCGCCCGCUACGUGGUCCUGCCCAGCGGCAGCCUGGUGGAGACGGUGCAGAACGUUCAGCCCGACGGUCAAGUGGUCACCUCAGCGCAGUACAUCAGCUCCUCCGCUACCCCGACGGCCGAAGAGUGUGCCGAAAAGAGAUAAUGUGUGACUACUUUUGAGUCACCGGUACAACUGCCUGAUUUUAUCUGUUGGUUCCCACACAUGCCGUGUUUUAUCACUCGUACUUUCUGUAUCUCACACUCCCUUUAAGUCUGUAUUCGUUGCUCUGCAAAACAUAUCUACCCCAUUAGGUGGGAAGCACGCCGUCUUACUGCUGAGCACACUUGUAUAUCUUGUAAUAAUCAAAAUGUACAGUAGAGGACUUUAUUACUGCCCUGUCGACAAGUCGCAUCAAAGUUGUGUUUCGUCCUUCAAAACCAGCUCUCCUCCUGCAGCCUGCCAGUUUGUCCAAAUCCAGGUUCAUGCAUCAUAUCGGUGCUUUUAUUAGUAACACUGAAGGAUCUCCCCCCUCACUUUCCCAAUUUUUAUCUCUAGAGCUGAAAGAAAUAGCAUAUUUUUAAAUAGAAAACCCACAUUUUUGGAAAAAAUAAAGUCUUUGAAGCUACAGUAAGCUACAGAUCCUGCCUGGUGCCUGCUGAAGACUGGACGUAUAUGUGUGGAAACUUCUUUCAGUUCAUAAACUGCACUCUUGUUUUGUCAGUAAAAUGCAUCUCUUGUCCUUUUGUAAAUUUGUAGGCACAGUUUAUAAACCUUAGAUGGGCUUUUAAAAUGUGGUCCACAACGAGCCCCUUUAGUUAGAGGUAAAGGACUGCACAGGUGUGUUUACAGUUUUGCCUUUUCACACAAGAAAUGACAUGCUUUAAUCACUGAAACCUAUUUAGUUUGUCUCUUUUUGCUCCUUUUAGUAAUUUAUGAAACAUAUUUAUUCCUACAAAAUAAUUUAUUUAUUUUUCUAUUAAUGGAAUUCAUGUUUUCCCAAAAUGCACCUGAAUAGUUUUUGGUUUUGUUUUAUUACUUAUGUUUCAUUUUUAUGAGAAUUUUCAAGUUCAUCUCCUGAAUCCCAUCCUGUGAUCCUGCUCUUUUUUUUAUAAAUAAUCUUAAGCAUGUGAUUAGUAUUUUUAGCCCCCUGCACCUUUAAUCUUUCCCCCUUCUUUUCUUGAUGACACAAGAUUAUUUAUUAAAAGAAAAUCUAUAAAAUCAUUUGAGUUAUUUAUCAAAGACAGCCUGAGGAGUCACUAUAUAUAUAAAAAAUGUUCAUCCAAGCACAAAUCUGUUCAAUGGGACUUUUCAAGCACAAAUAUUGUCAGGCAGGCAUUGACUAAAAAGACCUGAGCUCUGCUUCGUCUCUCUGAGGCCUCUGUAAUCCCUGCAGAUCUGCAGCGGUCUCUGUCGCCAGUCUGCUGCCUGACCUAGAUUAGAAAAAAAAUAAUAAUAAUAAAAAAAACAUCUGUGUGAAAACACUCUGGUAGCUGGAGAAACAUUCCCGAAAUCUGCACUCAUUUUGAGCCUAAAUGUAAAAGCAGGUAAAACCAUGUGAGCUCAGAAACCAAUGGCCUUAAACAUGCAAAACCUGUUAUCAGUGCAGGCUGGUUUUAUUUCUUUAACUGAUAGAUACAAGCUGCAUUCUGGUACAUCUCAACUGCUCCUGAAUUGUCAAACCAAAAAUAUAAAAAAAAAUAAAAAUCAAAUGUAGAAUGUGGCGGGCGGAAAUUUUAUACAACUUUGCACAGUUGUGCAGCAGAUUUGAUUCUCGGUUAGGCUUUAGAUGUCAGAGCUCGUGGCAUAAACUUAUACUGUGGUGCUUUUUAAAAGCUCGAUCCUUUCACUUCUUAUCGUUUGUGCGCCAAGAAGCACAGGUCAGUGGUCUGACUUUUUUACUUCUGCAACUGCAUUGUACUCUGUAUUUGCACAUCCAAAUCUCCUAUCCUCAUGUUAUUAUGUAUGUUUGUGUAAACUGCAAAAGACAAAAAAAAAGAAUAAAUGUUUUGAAGCAGCAUUGGAAAAAAUUCA